UAGGAUGGAGUUAUUAUGCCUUUGUUAUUAGGUUAUGCAUAUACUAUUUAUUGAAUAGUAAUCCUGAACAAGGAAUAGUUUAUCUUUUAAUAUAUCACCCACUUUUUUUAUUAAUGAUGUGGAGCUAUUUUAAAGCUACUUUUAUUUCACCUGGAUAUUCAACUGAUACUGGGUUAGCUUCAGCAGAUUCAUCAAUAACGACGUAUAUACCACUCGAUCAACGUCGUUCAAAUUCAGGAGAAACAACAAGCAAUAACGCACCUGAAUCAAGUAGUUCACCUUCAAAUCAAGACCAACAAGAAGUAACUCAACAACGAAAGAAAGAUAAUACUUUAGUAAUGUUAGAUGAAAGUGGAAGUCCCAUAUCACUUGGAUCCAUUAUGGUAAAACAAAGUGGCGAGAAACGAUUUUGUCAAAAAUGUAAUUUUGAUAAACCUGAUAGAGCUCAUCAUUGUAGAAUGUAUUUUAAAGAUGGACCACCAGUAAUAGAACUUGAUUUAAAUUGGACAUUUUUAAUAUUACUUGGGGGAGUAUUUUUUUUAUGUUUGAUAGGGUUCACAAUAUUUCAUACUGGUCUAAUUUUAUCAAAUCAAACUACUUUAGAAAGUUUACAAAAACAUAAUUAUAAAGUGAGAGAAAAUGGGGAUGUUACAACAAGUAAAUAUUUGAAUUUAUUUGAUAUUGGUAGAAGGAAUAAUUGGAUUCAAGUUAUGGGUCCAAAAUGGUACUUUUGGUUUAUUCCUAUUGGGUAUCCAUUUAGUGAUGGAAAAUCUUGGCCAUUAAAUUCUUAUAGAUAUAGUACUUUAUGUGAAUCCGUAGAAAAUUUAAACAAUCCUAUUCAAAUAUUACUUCAUAAAACGUCUGAACAACAGAAACCAGAACUCACAAAACCACUUAGUUUUCUCGAUCAAGAAGUAAAACAUCCAUCAACACCACUAAUAAAUCAGGAAACGGAAGAAAUAUUUCAAGGUCUUACUACACCUGACAAGAAAGCUGAUAAAUUGACUGUACAAAAGUUAGAACACUUGAAACGAUUCAUCGAUGAGAUAAAGACAGAAACACGAUUAGAUCGUGAUGGAAAAUUUCAAAAAUUUCGAACGAAAGAGGAUAAAAGAAAAGAGGAAUCUCAACCCAGGUCUGUACCAACUUUGUUAGUUGAUUUGAGAAAGCCUUUUAAUAAAUGGGAUGUCAUAAACAAUCCUCAAAGACAAGAAUUUCUUUCAGAAAUCAAUGCUACUUAUAAAUCCAUGUGGAGUGUCAUCGAUGAAAUCAAAAAAUAG